AAAUGGAGCUGGGGGGCCGAGUGUCCUUUGGGUCUCAGCCUGGCUGUCUCAGGUGAGCGAAGGCCAGGAUUUGCCAGUUCAGGAUGGCAGAGGCAGCGAGCGAGCGAGCGAGCAAACUGCAGCACGGGAGGGAAGCCCUGCACGGCACGCCUGGGACAGAAGCGCCCCCAGAUCCAGCUGUUGGCCAGCUGUUUCCUUUCUCAGGCACGUGCGCUCCUGGAUUCACAUCAGUUCAAGGGUUGUUUUUCGGCAGGGACUUUGGUGGGUGCUGGAGACGUCAUCUCACAGCAGGUGGUGGAGAGGCGGGGGCUCGCUGGACAUAGUGGGCGCCGGACUCUGAAGAUGAUGGCCAUCGGCUUUUGCUUUGUGGGCCCAGUCAUUGGAGGAUGGUACCAGGUGCUGGACCACCUGGUGCCUGGCAGGACUCGGGCGGCUGCGCUCCAGAAGAUGCUGCUUGACCAGGGUGGGUUUGCUCCCUGCUUCCUGGGCUGUUUUCUGGCUGUGGCAGGGGUGCUCAAUGGGUUGUCCAUGGAAGAGAACUGGGGCAAGAUCAAGCGGGACUACAAGGAUGCUCUGAUCACCAACUACUACAUCUGGCCAGUGGUGCAAGUAGCCAACUUCUACUUUGUCCCCUUGAACCACAGGCUGGCUGUGGUCCAGGGUGUCGCGAUUGUUUGGAAUGCCUACCUCUCCUGGAAGGCCAACCAGCUGUGAACAGGCAAGGGGAGGGAGGGGCUGAGCCAUUCUUGCC